AAUCGUGCCAUGAGAGGGUCAUGGUGAUGACUUGUGUCAUCUCUCUGUCCUCUUAACUCUAUUGCCAAAUCAACAAUUUUGCUAUGUGUCAUAGCCUUUAAUACCUAUGACACUCAAUUUAUGCUUUACAUGCUUCCCGGACAAAAAAGAAGUCCACGAAGAAGAUGACGAUCCCUCGUCCUCCUUGCUCCGUCGACCUCUGGUGCGGGCGCAAGCAUGAUGCUUCUGCUUGAAUCCCUGGCGUUUCUUCGAGCUCCCUGGCCAGACUUUGGAGGGGAACAGAGGCAGGGGCGGCGCUUUCUUGCAGGAUUCCGAUGAGGAGGCUCGCCGGCGGCAAUGGUAAAGUGGGGGAAAAUGGAGAGAAGGUCGAGCCGCACCUUAUGGUGGUCUUGGCUGGGUCGGAGGUGGACGGAGGAGAUGGGGCCGCGGUGUAGUUGCGAGCCAUGAACUCCGGCGAGGUCGUGGCUGGUGCUCCGGCGAGGGAUGGGUGAUGCGGCCAGGCCUGUGAGCUUCGGGGGGAUGAGGUGAAUCUGUUAAGAGGCUCGAUUUGGACUGAGGAAGGGCGGGUCGGUUGUUCCAUGGAGCUCCGACAAGGCCGGCCAUGGAGGUCGCUGUUCUGGUCUCGCGCGCGCAGGGGAGUUCGGCUUGACUUUUAUAGGCGCUGAGGAAGGGAAGGUCGAACUGAGCGCGGCACAACAGUGGGAGGCGCCAACCGGGGCAGUCUGGGCAUGGGCGGGCAGCGGGGAGACGGCUGUCAGUCACUGGCAUCGUGGUGGCGAGCGCAGGGGAGGGCAGGACUUCGGGUUUUGCUUCGGGAUUAAGGAAACGGAGGUCGGGCUGGGGGAACUCGUGCUGGGGGAGGUGCGAAGCGAUCAGGGUGCGGCGCGUGGCCGGCCAGGUGGCGGUGCCGGUGUACGGCGUGGCUGUAGGCAGGGAGUAGGGGAGCUAGAGGUAGGAGAUGAAGUCAGGGGCAUUUUUGUGAAUAGGCAAAGUUUCAGGGGCUCCACUGUAAGACAAGGUUUUCUCUAAUUUCUGUAUUGAAACUCGAAAAACUGUAAAUACCAAAGUUGUAGGCAAUUUAAAUAUCUACAACUUUAAUGCUGGGCAAAUUUUCAUUUGAGCUUUAGUUUAAGAGAUAUUUUAAAUUUUCAAAAAUGGUGAUUUGAACAACUUGUCUUUUCAUGUGAAUUUUGUCACUUUCAAUCCUCGAGUUCGUCUAGACUUUGGUUACUCUUGUCAUGGUGGGUAUGCCUAUAGAAUUUCAUAGACAUUGGUGGAUUCAUUUGCAAGUUAUUUUAAAUGUAAGACAAUUAAGAUUUGAAUUUGCUAUCAUUCCAUGUGAUAGCUUUCAAUUUGGAUUCACUUUGUCUAUAAAGUUUACAGAGCAUUAUGAAAGAUAUGUUUUGGUGCAUUUUUAACACUCAUGCCAUGUGAAGUUUGAAAACAUACAAGUGUUGUAAAACACAUACAUACACUUACAUGUGCACAUAUUUGCAAAAACAAACAUCAGGUAUUUAUUUAAGUUUUUCUUGGUCAUUUACAUAUGAUGUCAUGUUAAUUGUCUUGCUUUGGUUAAUUUGACACCUGAGGUGUCACAGCCUACCCACCUUAAAAAGAAUCUCGUCCCGAGAUUCAGGUGAAUAAGUUAAGUGUGGAAAGUGUGGGUAUCUUUGGUUGGUGAAACCCGAAGGUAGACAUGAUCGCCAACUUCGAGUUGCAAGGGUUUUCUUCUUUUAUAAAGGUAAUUCUUUUGUCCAGAGUAUGUGGCUCUAAAAUUUUCUGAUAUUAUCCUUACUCUUUACUCUGCCUUGAUUACCAAGUCUAGUCCAAAUAUUUUGUGGUCUCGGGUUUGCGACCAACUCAAAGGAGUUGAUGCCAUCGGCCAAACAAGGCAUUGAAUAGUGCUAUUUCUAGACUUGCUUGAUAGCUAUAAGAGAACUUCGCUAAAAUGAGCAUUUGUCCCCAUGGUCGUCAUAGUGAAAGACAUAAGCUCUAAACAUAAUUUAUAGGAUUCGAUCCGCUUUUCAGUUUCAAGGAUGAUAAGCUGAGCUUUGAAUCAGUUUGAUACCGGGAGAAGAUUGCAAGGGAUUUCCCAAAAGCGUGUUAGGAAUUGAGCACCACUAAUGGAAAUAGUUGCCUUUGGGAUGAAUAGUGUACACUUAAAGAAAAUGGGUCGUCUUUGUGAGUCUAUCGACAAUGGCCCAUAUGGAAUCAUGCUUUUUAUGGGUGCUUGGCAACGAAAUCAUGAAAUCCAUAGUUAGCAAAAGUUGGAGUGUAACGGCUAUUUAUAAGUGGUCUCAAGUGUAGCAUUCUGAGGUAUAUUUAGUGAUUUCUCCAUUCCUUCCAAUCUACCAGAAGUUUUUCCUAGGGUCUUGGUAUUGUUUGCUACUAGUCGGGUGAAUGAAUAACUUUGGAAAGGAGAGCUUUUCAAAAAUUUCCUCACGGAGUUCAUAGUUCAUUUGAUGUACUAUGGAGAUUCGAACCAUAAAACUCUAUCUUUGUCGCAACAAAGCAUUUAGGCUUCUCCGCUCUUUAAGAGAGCUUGCACUUGAUGAUUCUCGUAGAACAGAUUCUGGACAGUUGAUAAAAUUGAGCAUAGCUGAUGAAUCCAAGGUCCAAAAAUUCUCAAAUUUUUACAGGAGGUGCCUAAGAUAAUUGUGAUCAUUUCCUCUAGUCAACUCCAACUCAGAAACAGAGCUUAAGAUAGUCAAAUCCUUAAGUGUUUGCCUAAAGAUUGACCCAGAUUUCAGACUGAACAGAGGGCUAGUAUUUUGACUGUCAGUUCCAAACCACUUGACCAAAAAUUCUCAAACUUUUACAGAAUAUUCUUGGUUCAGUUAUCUACAACUUUCGUGUUGAACUUUUCCUCUAAAUGUGACUCUAAGUGGGUCAAAAAAAUUUAGUGGCCAGACUGCUACAACUAGACAGGUAAGUAGGGGUUUCAAAAUUUAUCAUUUUCAAUACUGUAGAGUGAUCCAAAAAUUCCCAAAUUUAGCAAACAAAUUUGUUUUACUACAUUUAUUUUCAUUGGCUCAACUUUAUUUGGGGUAGUUGGUCAGAUGUACAAAUUUGAGUUUCCUUCUGUAGCGUUCCACCGGUCCGCUUACAUCUGACUGCUUUCUAUGAUUAAGAUUUUAUUCUUCGGCAGAAAUAAAUUUUUCUCAAGACAUUUUUGCUCAAGGAUGCUUUUAUUAAAUUUGAUUGAUAUUAAAAAGAUGCAUGAUGUUUCAAUGCCGUGAUAUAGAUUACACAAUGUGCCACUUAUGAUGCAGGUAUGUUGCAUGUAAUUAGGUUAUGCACCCAUAGUAUGCUUAUGAUGAUGCAACAUAAAUACGAGAUGGCCAUAUUCUGAUGAAGUGAUGCAUACGCCGUAGUGCAUUUGUACUAAUAUUAGUUGCUUGAGGUCUCCGGUGUGCGACGGCCCGAAACCUGGCGCCAAGCCAUACAAGCGGAAGGCUACCACCGUCAUGGCCGCGGAGGGGCGCUCGAGGCCACCACCCAGGGGAAACCCUGCGGGUGGAGAGAGGAAGCCUGCUCCCCCUGUCUGGACGGAGGAAAAUGGUGUGAGCUCCAUCGUACCGAUCGGCACGACCUCACUGAGUGCCGCCUCAUGAAGGACCUCGCGGCAAGCCGCCAGCGGGGCCGCGACAAGCACCGCCGGAACGACCGCGACCAGGCUGUCCCAGGCGGGGCUGGCUUGGGCUUGCAGGAGCAACAACAUGCGGUCGCCACCAUCUUCGGUGGGGCGAGCGCACCACUGUCCCGGAGCAGGGCCAAGCUUCUCUGGAGGGAGGUCUACACGGCGUCCCCCGCGCCCGGGGGCUCCCAGCCUCUGAAGUGGUCUAGCACUCCAGUCACAUUCGAUCGGAGCGACCACACCUCUAACAUGUGGGGUCAUUCUGAGUCAUUGACAUAUGGGUCAGGGUGUCAAAUUCUGAAAGGCAUGCGAAUUGAGACCCAAAUUCUGAAAUUUCACCACCUCUAACACAGUGGGUGUCGGUCUCCUCCCGGUCAUCGUGACGCCCACCAUCUGCAACAUCGGGGUCGGUAGGACCCUGGUGGACAGUGGAGCAGGCCUCAACCUGCUAUCGCUGGAGGUGCUCCGCCAAGUUCAUGGCCGUUCUAUGGUGUUCUGCCUGAUGAAAAUAGGGGAGCGCAAGCUCACCCCCUCUGCCCCAGUCUGUGGUGUGACCGACGGGAAGACCCUCCCUCUGGGGCAGGUCGAGCUUCCCGUCACGUUCGGCGGGAGGGACAACUUCUGCACGGAGAAUAUCACGUUCGACAGGGCGCACUUCGACUUCCCCUACAACGCCAUACUUGGGCGCCCUGCGCUCGCCAAGUUCAUGGCCGCAGUCCACUACGCCUGCAACACUCUUAAGAUGCCGGGUCCGUCUGGGGUCAUCUCCAUCAAAGCCUAUGUGAAGCGUUCGGUGAACUGCGCCGAACGGCUCUAUGAGGCGGUAGCAACCACGUCAUCCGAUGAUGUGGAACACCCCGAGUCGUCCGCCCAUCCGUCCGUGAAGGAACGCCUCUCUCCCGACCGCUCCGUCCUCACCAAAAUGGUCCGCCUUAGGGAUGAUCCCAAGAAAACCGUUAACAUAGGGGCAGAGCUGGGGGAGAAAUAGGAAAAUGCGCUCAUCACCUUCCUCCGGGUGAACACUGAUGUGUUUGUGUGGAACCAUCAGAUAUGCCUAGGAUCUCCAGGGAGGUGAUCGAGCACCAUCUCAUCGUGCACCCCAGUGCACGGCCCGUCCAAUAGAAGAUCCGGCGCCAGGCCUCAGAGAGGCAAGACUUCAUACGCGACCAGGUAUGGAAGAUGCCGGAGGUCGGCUUCAUCCGGGAGGUCAUCCACCCCGAAUGGUUGGUGUUGACGGUCCUUAAGUCAGAAAUAGAACCGUCAACUCCUGCAUCUUUUCGUAACAUUUAAUCACUAAACAUAGUUAUAGGACUGAAUUCUAAUCAAUUCCACGAGUUUUGGUUAUUCUUAGUUUGCAGGCACCCAUACUCAGAAUAAGGAGAAAACAAGCACAAUACGCAAUAGAAACACACCAAAGACUUCAUCUUGCGUCACACUCACAAGAUUGGCCCAUUUGACAGAGAAAACCGACCUACAAAGCCCCGGCACCGACAUACAUAUGAUGGGGGCCCACCUGUCCGCUACAAAGCUGCUUCGUGGUUAGUGCACUCCCCCUGUCCGAGUACAGCAUAGAGCCACAAGCCAGAGGUCCCUAACAGUACCUGGGUCAAACCGGUGCCCGAAGUAAACGAGUGAAAGCCUAAGUCUGUCUUACCUUGAACCUUAUCUUUAGAUAAACCACACUACACAAAGCUCUCCUACCUCUUGUUCUCCGGGUUAAACUAGCUAGAAGAUCGUUACACCAUCAUUCCCUGAGAAAAUACGAUACCCUGAAUACUCUCCGGGUGAAGUGCUACAACAGUAUUUUCCGUGCGCAUACGGAUCUUAUCUGUGAUCGUUAAGAAAUACCAAUAAGCAUUUCUGGCGCCAUUGUGGGGGAAUGGUUGCUGUAGUUAUCUUCGAACCUAGUUUGCCAGUGUAUAUUUUCUUUUCUUUUAUCCCUUCUUUUAAUUUAUCCUUAUACCAUGUCACACCCUUCUAUCCACCAACUCUCUACCUCCGAGGAUGAGUUCUCAGAGCCAUCAACCUCUCCAAAGCAUUUCAUGGUUUCCGGCUAUGAACUUGAUCCUGACAUCAUUGCCAUGGUUCAAGGACGAACCUUCUCUGGUCUAGGAAUUGAAGAUCCCUACCAUCAUUUGCAAGAGUUCGGGGAACUGUGUUCGUACUUGAUAAUCCCAGGCAUGUCAUAGGAAACCUUGAGGUGGAAGUUGUUCCCCUUUUCUCUCAUGGAGAAGGCGGAACAAUGGUACACUCACAACGUGGGGAAUGCGAAUGGUGAUUGGGAAGAGCUCCGAGAUGACUUUUGUCUCUCGUUCUCUUCCUUAUCCCACGGAGUAUCUCGACGAGGUGACAUCCUUGCAUUUGAGCAAUUAGAGGAGUCCAUAGGUGCAGCUUGGGCUAGAUUCUCACACCUUUUAGCUUCAAGGGAAUCCCUGUUUAGAGAUUCGGCCAGUGGUGUAAACUGCGCAAGGAUCUUCCUUAAGGAAGCGAGUUGAGACGGUGGUUUUAGACAGGUUUGGGCUGCCCGGAGAUGUAAUACCCUACGUCCUUUGUGUGUUGUGAUUGGUUCUUUGCUGAUCCCGAGUUGGAGAACACAAGCCCGGAAUGUUUCAGUUAGGUACCGAAAGAGCGGUCCUUUUACAUGUCUUGGGACCUUUCUAUUUAUAGACUACAUCUUCCUUCUCUGUUGCUCUCUAACUAGUGUGAGCGCCCCCUUUACAUGGUGGUCGCCGUCUUCCAGGCUGCCCUGCCCCUAUCAGGUAGGCUGGCGGCUUAUCGGGCCCACUGUAGCAGGCCUUGGGGGACCCGUCAGUGUUAGAAGUGCUCCAGGGUGACCUCGGGGCAUCUCGGGGUGUCCCGGGGUGGCCGUGGACACCGGCGGGUGGACCCAUGUGUCCCAGAGUGACUCGGGGUCGUCUGGCCGAUCCUCGUACCCGAGGUGUCCUAGGCGACGUCCGGGGUGGCGAGAGGUGGCCGCGUGGUGAUUUCCGGGGUUGCCCCGCGGACCCUCCUGGUCCGGGGUGACCCCGGUCAACGCCGGGGCGCCGCCCGGGGUGGCUCGGGUUUUUACCGUAGUGGGGGUGUGGUAAACGAUGGUGGGCCCUGGCCACCGUCCAUCUUUAAACCGAUGGGACGGGUAGCUCAGGGAUAAGCUAUCCGCCGCCAAUCGUCUUAUCUUCUGAGUGCACGACAUCCCCGUAAUUAUGAUGUUCUUACGGGGAAGCCGCACACACCCUCGGGCUCUGCACCGAGCCCGACGGCGAGGCGCUGUAACCGCCUGGUAAAGAUCUUUUUACCAGGCGGGUGUCUUCGAGGGGAAGGAAACGUCCUUCUGGGCUUCAUGUGCCGGGUCAGGCCCAGCCCGCUCCAGUUGGGUGCCCACCUCCAUGGGUGGACGUCCCUGGUGGGGACCCAUAGCUGCGCUUGGCUGACGUCGUCGGUUGACGCGGCUGGUGGGUCCCUUCUUCCUUAAUCGUGCAUGAUUCCGGAGUCAUGGGGACCCCCGUUCCCAUUACGCUGACACCUACAUUGCUCACCUAAGUGAGAUUUUGUAGGCAACAAAGGCUUGGUUACCUUGGAUGAACAAUAUGAACUUUAUAGCAUUUAUCUUAAUUUUUAUAUUUGUAUGAAAUUUGAUGGGAUCAAGAUGUAUGAGAUGAUAUUAGGUUAUGUUUUCAUAAGAAAUGCAAGGGCAAUUGUAUGAAUCCAAUAAGCACAAAAUGAGCAAGAAAAUAAAUGGUCUUGAAUAAAAUAUUCUACAAUAAAAUGGAACUUUACGAUUUCUUGAAUAAAAAAUAAUUUAUUCUCUAUAUAUUGUGAUUGGUUAGAACAAAAGCGCAUGCUUCUUCAUGUGUUAGCAUCUUAAAUGAUCUGGUGUUUCAAAAUAUGCCUACUUCCUUAGGCAACCUAUAUAGAUCAUGUUUUUAGAGAAAAAGUAAGACGGGGUUAGUCUUGUAAUUAUUUUUUUUAUAUUUUUCCAUGCAAUUCAUAGUAUACUCUAAUAGUUCAUUUUAGAAGAGCCUAGGGAUACAACUAUGGCAUUUAUGGUCAAACCAACAAAUCUAUAUCCGCCCACAAUGUACAUUUGUCCGCUAUCUUUAUCUAGUGAUGUUAGCCCACCUAAGAAAGGAGGCAAUAUGCCUGCAAGUCCCUUGCUUUGGCCCUAUAUCACAUAUCCCUGCCCCUAUUUCCCCAUCCCGAAAGUCCACUCACAGCUGGUAGCCUAGCGAGGGCGGCUCUUCUUGAUUUGGUCGCCAAAUCCUCGUGAGUCUCUGGUGUCCCCAUCGCCACCUAGGUAUUCGCCAUCGGCAUUGCUAAAUCUCUACAUCAUCGCCAAGAUUGCCAGCAGUUUCUGUUGCUACAGAUCAGCAAAAUUGCAAGGUCUAAAGAUGGUGAAGACGGACUACAGAGAUCUCUACGGAUUGCCCCUGUCGCAUGAUGUCCUGCACCGAUCUCCAUCUUCGCCAAGUGAUGUGGUCGAUUCAUCGAAGAAUGAUGCAGGGAUGGACCCUAGCAACAUCUCAGUCACCCCCGACAGCGGUGGCAGCGGCAGCGACGACAACGGGGGCAGCUCGAUGCACACAUCAUCGUGCCGCCGCCGCCUCAUGUCGUCCUUGCCUACGGGCACUCAACUCGCUACUGCUGAUGGGAGGGGUUCCGGGUCAUCCUCCUCAUCGUCGUCCUCCGCGAGCCCUGACCUCGAGUCCCACAGCCUCCUCAUAGUCUCCCCGGUGUGCUCGCCAGCCGCGACGGACGACGAUGUGCUCAUCAUGGAUGGCGCGCUUGUUGACAACGGACCCGGCUCCCCCUCCAGCACCAGGCGCUCCAUCUCCUUCAUUGACAACAAUGGGCCCAGCAACAGGCGCUCCGUCUCCGUCAACAACCUCGUCCUGGUCUCUUCCGUCUCUCAGGGUGCCAUCAGCGUCGGGAGCAGCGGUGGAAGCGGCGGCAGGCGCAGCGGCUCCAGUGGUCAGAUUCCCCAUAGGGAGGAACCUUGUGUGACGCAAGCCCAGAGGAACAGACAUUCUGAGUGGGAUCCCAUCACCGCCGCUGGCAACAUCAGGGAGCCGGUCUCUCCAACAUCUACCAGGGGCAGGAGUUCUUCAACCCCUUCAACAACAACAGAGGGCAGGACUUCAUCAACCCCUUCAACAUCCAGCACGAACCGGCCUUCCCCAUCGACUUCCCAUGCUACUACAGGCAGUGGCUGGCUGGAGCCCCGCACUACACCUAUGCUCCAUCCAUGGUGGCCAUCCAUUCAGCGGAACUCUACAGAGGGGUGUUCUACAUCAGAAGGCACCCGCCAUUUGGGCUCAACAUCACCCACCCAGAUGGCACCCCGCUGUAGUUGCUGCAGCGGCCGCCGACGCUGCCACAGCCGCCGAGGGGAUCCAGGGUCGUCAUUGUGCCGCCGCCCUGAGCUACCCGUGAUGCAGCCGCCGCUGCCGCCGGCACCAGAGCGGGCUCAGACACUGCCGCAGCCGCCGGCAAUGGAGCAUCCCGAGAUGCCGCCGCCACCACCACAGAAGCCGUCUGCACAGACGUUCCGCUGGCCCCUGACCGCGGAGGAGGCCGCCGCCAUAGAAGCCGUGCUGUACCAGCCGAGCGCCAGGAAAAGGCUACCCGUAUUCAAGGAGAUCCGCCCCGACGACGACGCAAACCAAGCCCCUCCUCCUCCUGCUCCACCGUGCCCGUGACAUGGAUCAUCGCUCCGGCCUGUACAUCCCCGCUCGUUGUAACCGUACCGACCCGUUGCUCUGUAUCUGCAAGUCGUCGCACACCGGAUGGUGACGAUGGUAAGAGAACUAGCUUUCAAAAUUCCAUGGCCCUCGCCAGGGUGCCGUGAUGAUUGGUGAGUGCUGGUUGUCUGUUCGAACCUUAGCUGCUUUUGCAUCGGAUUCCUCUGCAAACGUGAGAGCUUGUGGAGCUCGGAAUGAAGGACAUGUAGAUUAGUUGGUGCGUGUACUCUGUAUGUCCGUCUUAAACCUGUUGAGAAACAUAGGAUUGCGGCUUGGGUUUGGGGUUUCAAAUUCAGUUUUGCUUG